AUUAAAAACAUGUUUUCAUAAAAAACAAAAGAAAAAGAAUUAAGUGUACUGCAAGGAUAUCAAUAGAAAAAAAUGUGAUCAAUAUACGUGGUUACAUAAUUUUUCAUUUUUUAUUGUAUUACUGUUACAUUAACUUUGGAAGUAAAAAGAAGUUUAUUUAAAUUAAAGAGAGUAAUUGUGAAAUGUAUGAUUAUUUUAAUAUGUCAUGUUUUGAUGACAAAAGUGCACUUAAAUUAAAUAUUAAAGUAAACAGUGAAAAUUUAUUACCAGUUUCACAAAAAUACAAUGUUGGAUCGUUGAGAGUACCUGAAGAUCCAUCAUGGCCAAAAAUUCCACCACGUAAAUUAUUAGAUGAUGCUGAUGACAUAAUUCAUCCUCCAUGUGUUAUUACAUUAACAGGUACACCUAGGAGAAGUCGUACUACAGUACACACACCACAAUGUCAAUCAUUCAAAACAAUGGAAAUGAAAGGUUUUAAUUCUUCUGCACAUCAAUUAACAUUACCAGUUAAUACAAUAAAAAGGAAAUCUGGUUCUUUAGAUCCUCGUUUUAAGCGUGUAACUGCAGUUCAAAAUCAGACUACACCAAUAGAAUCUAUUAAACGAUAUAAUACUUCGAAAGAAUCACGACAGAGUGGUUUUAUCUUAGAACAAUCACUAUCUCCCUGUGAAAUCGUGAAGAAAACUGCUUCUGGAAAAAACUCAAAUAUCCAUCAGAUAGCACAAGAAAGUAUAAAGAAGCCAGAAAAUGAAGAGAUCAUUGAAAAUAAUAAUAGCCAUUUCGUGCAAAAACUAGACAGAGAUAAAAAAAGUAAUGUGGAAGAUAACAAUAAAUUAGAAUGUAAACUCAAUCUAGCAAAGGAUCAUAAUACAAAUAAUCUUACCAAUAUAAAUAAUAUAAGUAAAAUAGAUUCUAUAGAGAUCCAAGAAAAUGUUGAUCCCAUUUCAGAAAAAACUAAAAAUAUCAUAGAAAAGAAAAUAUCCAUAGGUGAACAAAUAUCAACCUCUACCUAUAAUGAGAACUGUAUAUUAGAAACUAAAACAAAGAAUGAUUUAAGUGUGCUAUCGGAAAAUCAAUCAUUACAAUCUGCUAAUGAAUCCGAUGGUCAAAUUUUACUUGUAAUGAAAAAGAAAGUACAAUCUUUACCUCUUAACAAAAUACCUAGUCCUAUACCUCAGUAUACAACACAAUGUUACAAUGUACAAGUACCAAUAAUUACAUAUCAAAAUAUACCUCUACAAAUAUCAACUUGUACGUCAGGGGACAUCAAUAUAUCCCCUUGUAUUGGAAGUACUUUGCCAAUAACUGACUUAUCCGGAACUACGCAAUUUAAAAUGAAACAUAAAAAUUCAGACGUUCAUGCAUUAUCGCUAGAAAAACAAAAUUUCAACAGUCUACAACAAAAACAUGAAAUAGUAAAUACUAAGAACACUAAUACUACAGAUAUACAAGAAGCUCUUAUUUUAGAUAAGAAAAUAGAGGAUAGAACUUCAGAGCAGCCCACAGUUGAAGAAAAUUAUUAUGAAACUAACUCUUUACCAAACAAUGAUAAAAUCUAUAUUUCCGUUGAUAAUAAUAAUACUUUUAAUUGUUCUAACGAUCAUAUGAAUGUUAUAUCGCAUCAACAGCCAACAGAAAUCAAUGAUUCAAAUCCUUAUAUAUCUACCAAAGUUCCAAAUUUAAAAAAAUUUACUUUAAGUCAACGGCGUAAAAUAAGAUCUGAACAGAAUUUAUUGCAAAAAGAAAAUAUACAUAUUAAAAAGCUCUUUCAAUCUUCAGAACCAUAUAUUACAACCAGGCGAAGACGAAAAAUAGCGAAUUUUUCAAAAAAGGCAAGAUUUUGCUUUCAAAAAAAAUCUAAAUCCGGAAUAGUAAAUUCUAAUUGCACUUUAUUAUGGCCAGGCUAUCAGCGAACAAAUUGUAAACACGGUCAAAAAUUUUCAAAAGUUGAACAAUGUACAAAAGAAAAAAAUUGCCAUUACUUAAUGUUAAAGAAAGAAGAAGAUGAAAGGAAGAAAGAUAUAAAUACGGAUUGCAUUAAAAUAAAAUCUUUAGUUGAAAAUCCUAUUGUGUCUUGUGAUGUAUUCUGCCAGCAAAAAGAGGAAAAUAAAUAUAAUAGUUUGGAAAGAUUAGAAAAAAAUAAUUCUAUUGAAAGUCCUAUAAAAAUAUCUCUUAAAACACAAGAAUUAUUAAAUAAAAGUUAUCUAGAAUACUAUAAUAAUUUAAAACAAAAAACAGGCAACAUAGAAAAUAUACAAGAAAAAUAUUUUCAUAAAGUGGCGUUAGAAACUCCUUAUAUUAAAAGAAGAAAAAACAAAGCAUUUUGUAAUAAUAUUUAUAACGAAGAAGGAAAAUUCAAUCCAGAAAUGCAAACGAUAGAACAAUGUUCGGCCUUGUCGAGUAUAAUUAAUAAAAAUCUGGAUUCCACUCUGCGACGCUCAAGUGAUACAACACAAACAAAGCAAUUAUAUGUUAAUAAAAAUAUUAGGCUACCUUUAAAUCCGACUGGAGGAGGCACUCAAAAUAAAAUCGUACAAAACAUGCCUUCUAAGAUAGCUGCGGAUAUUUAUGAAAAUUCUAUUACAUCGUCUACAUUUAUACAUAAAGUUAAACAUAAGAAGGAAAAAUGUAUUGAAAAACGAUUUAUAAAAUUAAAAACCAUUGUAUUUUUUGGUACUAUAAUGUAUGCUUUGGUUGUAUUCUUACCUAUGAUCUAUGAUUACUUCUUUUAUGAAGAUUAUGAUGAUUAUGAGGACUUCACGUAUAUUGAACUCAUAAUAAAUUAUGUGAUUUCAUCCUUUAAAGGAGCUCUUAAUAGUUUCUUUAAUACAUUUUAUAGAAUUUUUUUCCAACCGAAGGGAGUAGCCGUAACCGUAUAAACUUCGGUGAACUUCGUAUAUUUUCGGAAGGUUCUAUAGCGCCAUCUUGAAGGCGGGAGAACAUACAGGUAUAUAAGAGACGUACGCACAUGUUUUUCGGUCAUUUUACCAGG